UAUGAGAUUGCCCAGAAGGCGUGGAGAGAGAAGUGAGGCAGGAAGAAGGGGUGGAGGGAAGGGGGAGUUGUGUGUGAGCUGCUAUAUAGGACCAAGGCUGUGUGGCUGGAAGCAUCAUUGGCUCAUAGGCUAGAAGCAAAGAUGCUGCUGCUGCGGUUUAUCCUCUCCGUUUCCCUUUGCAUCUGGAAUAUCCACCAAACCAGAGCAGGACGACCAGGAGGCCAUGAGUUCAACAAGGGAUUGGAAUGGCUGACCCGCUAUGGCUACCUUCCUCAGCCGGACCCCAGGGCAGCCCAACUUCAAUCCAGCGAAGAACUGGCCAAUGCUAUCAAAACAAUGCAAAGAUUCGCAGGGCUACCUACAACCGGGGAGAUGGACCAGAAGACCAUGGAUAUGAUGAGCAAGCCUCGCUGCUCCCUUCCCGACAUCAUUGGCACUUCUGAGCUGAUGCGGCGCCGGCGCAGGAAAAAACGCUAUGCCCUCAGUGACAGUGUCUGGAAAAAGACAGAUUUGACAUGGCAUAUCCGUUCCUUCCCUCGUUCCUCCUACCUAAGUAGAGAUCAUGUCCGGAAGCUUAUUUCCGAGGCUUUCCGGGCCUGGAGCAAGUCCUCAGCCCUGACCUUCCGGGAAUUGCCUUCUGACCAAGCGGACAUCCUGGUGGAUUUCACCCAGUCCUACCACCAAGACAGUUACCCCUUUGAUGGCCCUGGUGGUACUCUGGCCCAUGCUUUCUUCCCUGGUGAACACCCUGUUUCUGGUGACACUCAUUUUGAUGAUGAAGAGACAUGGAUUUACAACCCGGGGAACACGAAGUCAGUCAGUGGCACAGAUCUCUUUGCGGUAGCUGUGCAUGAAUUUGGCCAUGCCUUGGGGCUGGCUCACUCUUCUGCCAAGGAGUCCAUCAUGAUCCCGUAUUACCAGGGUCCUGUCGGCCAGGCCCACCUGUACCAGCUCCCAUUGGAUGACGUGAUGGGAAUUGAACAACUCUACGGGAAGCGCCAGUCGGGUUCCUAUCCAGACCAAGAGAGCCCAGGUUUACCAGCCCCCACAGCCCGUCCCAUCCCCGACUUGCCUCCAAACAGACCCACUUAUGGGCCACGGCUGCCCUCACCAGAUCGUUGUAAUGUCCAUUUCGAUGCCAUCGCUAACAUCCGGGGAGAAGUGUUCUUCUUCAAAAAGAAACAUUUCUGGCGGAUGCAACCAACCCAGCAACUGGUUUCCCUGGAGCCAGCGCAAAUCCUCCGCUUCUGGAACGGAUUGCCCCAGGACUUCCAGGGCAUUGAUGCCGUGUACGAACGUGCCAACGACAGCCAAAUUGUGUUCUUCAUUGGGUCCCAAUACUGGGUUUUCACAGAUACUUGGGUCAACCCUGGAUACCCCCGCCCCACGUCAGAUCUUGGCCUCCCUCCUGGCACGAUCAUUGGUGCUGUGUUUGUGUGGCCCCACAAUGGGAAAACCUACCUCAUAGAAAAGGAUCAAUACUGGCGUUACGAUGACCAAUUGGGCCAUGUGGAACCAGGGUACCCCAAACCUGUCACCCUCUGGAAAGGGGUGCCUACGGAUCUGGAUGACGUCACACGGUGGAACGAUGGCAACACCUAUUUCUUCAAAGAUGCCCAGUACUGGCGCUUCACAGGUGGCAGUGUGGAGUCAGAUGCCAGUUUCCCACGCUCCACUGCCCAUGACUGGAUGCACUGCGAUGUUCCUGGCGCUUCCUCCCCUCCAGCUCCGAGACAUGGAGAAGGGGGGAUGUGCAUCUGUGCAGGGGCUUCCCACAAAAUAGCACCCCUCUUAGCUUGCAUCAUCAUUUUUCUGUGGGCCGUAUGCUGACCCCUGGCCAGUGACAAAACAGCGCACUUUACAAAGCCAAAUGAAGAGAUGAUGGGCAGAGGAAGACAGCCAUCUCAGGAACAGCCACUGAACAGCUGCUUUCCCUCUGAUAUGGUUCCUCGUACAACUCUAUGGUGCUCUUAAUCCCGCCUUCCAAUCACUUUUUGCCUCUUCAAUCCUCUAGUUUUGUGAGUAGUUUUCUAACUAACCAUGGAACUAAAAAGGUACUGGGUCUUUAAUUUGCCUACAAGUCCCAAGUGUGCGGCAAGAGUGUGAUUUCUCAGGGAGGAAGGAAAUGUACUCUAGUCUGCACAUGUUCAGAAGUCUCUCUUUGUAUUAGUACACACCCGAGGAGGCUGUUUUUAUCCAUUCACAUACACACCAAGCUCAGCUCUACUCUCCCCAUCCCAAAUUCUCCAUUUACCAUUAGUGGUCCCAGCUGAUAAUUAUUCUUUCCCAUUCUUUAGCUCACUCGGAGGUCUGACAAGGGUCUAAGCCUACGCUUGGGUAUUAAUGAAGAGGAAGAUGAUACCACUAGGUCAAGUAUCCCAUCCUCAUGCACACCCCACUGGAACUUUCUGCACAAAGGCUGAGACAGAAGUGGGACACUCGGUAUUAUAAGCUUGUGGACCAAGAAGGUUGUACUGGUGGUUGCAAUUUGUCCAUCCUUCGGCCUCAAAAAUAAUAGGGCAUUAGAUGUAUUAAGGAACUGUAGCUGCAUAAUAUGCAUUAGAAAACAUUCAACUAAUUCUCAGAACUGCCCCUUAGAAGAAAUGAGAGUGAUGGUUUAACACUGGUCAUUUAAAAGGGAGACGCAGGGGAAUGGACAGGAUGCAAAUAGGAUGUGCAUUGCCUUCUGUUUUUAUAAUAAAAUCCUAAUGGAAACGUC